GGCACGGCGGGGGAGCUGCUCUUUCGCAGGCGGUGCUCCAGGGUUCAGAGUCAGGCUGUAGUCAUUGGAUAAGGAGGCGCUGUGAUUGGGAAGGCGGCGCUCCCGAAGCUCCUCUCCGAAGCUGUCCGCCCGCGUACUCCUGACUCCAAGCACACACAGACCCCUGCCCAGUGCAUACAGAAGCUGUGCUAUGGCAUGUGUGCGCACUGAGAGGUAACAGUGUACCUCUCCAGCUGCGUGUGGCACUCCUGAGAAAGCGUCCCUUUCCUACCUGCUGCUCUAUCUAAUACAGGACAAUGGGAUACUUUGUAAGCUUCCUGAGGGAUCCUUGAUCUGAAGUCACUUUUCUUUCCUUUAUUUUGAUUUUUUUUCUCAUUUUUUUAAAGAAAAGAAGAAAAAAAGAUGUGAUUUUUUUUUUUGUAAGGACUUGAGGACAAUAACAUGGUAUUGGGAUCUGGGGUCUUCACAUUGCGAUGGGUGUCUGUGUGUCUGUGGGUGCCUGAUUCUGAGAUCCCAGGGCCGAUUGCCUGUGAUGGACGAAGUUGAUAUCAAUGAGAGCAGUACGGAGGCGGUCCCCAGCUAUGGAGUGGUCGAGAGGAUUGCCCUCAUCUCCUUCUUCUCCCUGGUGAUGCUCAUGACUGUCUUGGGGAACCUGCUCGUCAUGGUGGCUGUUUGCAGAGACCGGCAGCUCAGGAAGAUCAAGACGAACUACUUCAUUGUGUCGCUGGCGUUCGCAGACCUGCUGGUGUCCGUGAUGGUGAUGCCGUUCGGCGCCAUCGAGCUGGUCCACCAGAACUGGAUCUACGGAGAGACCUUCUGCCUGGUCAGGACAUCGCUGGACGUGCUGCUGACCACCGCCUCAAUCCUGCAUCUCUGCUGCAUCUCCCUGGACAGGUACUACGCCAUUUGUUGUCAGCCGCUGGUCUACAGCAACAGAAUGACGCCCCUGAGGGUGUCUCUCAUGUUGGGGGGUUGCUGGGUAAUCCCAUCCGUCAUCUCCUUCUUACCCAUAAUGCAAGGCUGGAACAGCAUUGGGAUAGAUCAUUUGAUAGAAGCAAGGAAGUUCAGCGGGGACUCGAACUCCACCAUGUGUGUUUUCAUGGUGAACAAACCAUACGCGCUCACCUGCUCUGUGGUGGCGUUUUACAUCCCUCUGGGGCUGAUGGUCCUGGCCUACCAGCGCAUCUACGUGACCGCGCGGGAGCACGCUCGACAGAUCAACAUGCUGCAGCGUGCGGGGGGUGCCAGCGCCUCUUCAGACAGCGCCGCCCACCAGCGCAACCACCGCAUGCGCACGGAGACCAAGGCAGCCAAGACUCUGGGUAUCAUCAUGGGCUGCUUCUGCCUGUGCUGGGCGCCCUUCUUCAUCACCAACGUGGUCGACCCAUUCAUCGACUACGCGGUGCCCGAGAAACUGUGGGCCGCCUGCCUGUGGCUGGGCUACAUCAACUCCAUGCUCAACCCCUUCCUGUAUGCCUUUCUGAACAAAUCCUUCCGCCGUGCCUUCCUCAUCAUCCUGUGCUGUGGGAACCAGCGCUCUCGCAGGCAGUCCCUCCUGGUGCCCAGCGUGCCCUGCCCUGCCCCUACAAUCAACGGAUCUACACACGUGCUGAGCGGCUGUUCCUCUGCAUCCAAACUCCUGCUAUGGUUCUGCAACACCAGGCCCGUUCCGGUCUAGAGCUGCCUGGAGCGCGUGCAAGUAUUUGGUGCUGCACAAUGGAAAUCACCCCAAACAGGAGAAUCUAUCCCUUCAGAACCGUAGAGAGUCCCGGGAAUCUUGCUUCUGAUCCGAAGAGAGAGAGGCAUAUGGAACCUGGGAACAGGGAUGCACACAGAGGAUGAGGCAGGGCUUGGUGCCACCGGAUUGGAAUCGCUUGUCCAUAACACCAACUUAAUUACCACAGCAGUGACUUCAUUUGGGAGAGUUUGGAAAAUCCUGUUUGGGAGUCAGUGGCUGAUUGACUAGUAACAAAAAAGAAAGUCUGUUCUAAGCUCUCUCUCGCUCUCUCUUUGUAUCAUUAUCAUCCUCAAAGGUGCACUGGGCAUUAACCAAACAUUGCCAAAGCUAUUAAAUAUAUAAUGUCAGGUUUGCAGACUAUUGAAACUACAGUUUGCCAAAAUCCUAAGAAUUUAGGUUUCUCUCUGGAAGGAGUUUGAAAGGAAAGCACAGAAAACAAGCUGACAAUAGUAAUGACACUAAUUACAACGUAAUGAUUAACAAGCACUGUACGAUGAGUGUUACCGCAGGUAUUGCAUUUCAGAUUAAGCUUAAUAUAAUAUUAUUAAGGAUUUGUUGCGGGUGUAGUUAGGUUUACAAAUAUAUUUUUAUGAGUUAAAUGCAGAUGUCUCAGAUUUCUAAGAAUCUGUCCAGAGCCAAAAAGUUGGAAGCUAAACUUGGCCGUGUUAAUGCAAGUUUGUCUUGGGCAAAAAUACACAAAACAGAAUAGUAUUAUACACAAGAAAAGGCAUUUCAUUCUUCAUUAUUCUUCUGUCGCUCUCUCUAUCAAACACACACAUCACAAAGAAAUGAGUGAAAUCCAAAACUGGGUAGACUUGUGACUUUAUAAGCACACGAUUGAAUCACGUGCUUUGGAAACAGGAGUCUUGGAUCAAAGUUAAUUUCUCUUUACCAUGUUCAUGCAGCUCCCCUUGAAAGCCCAUUCAGAUAUGCAAAACUCCAUCAUGCUUGGUUUGAGCUCAUAAAGAACUGAAGCUCAGUCGAGUGGGUUCAGUGUUUUCUCAGUCGCUGUUGGCGUGACACACAUCAACACAGCAUUAGAACCGGACAGGAGGUGAAAGAGCCUGAACUCCUGGGACCUGCCCCGGAUUACUCCUCUAUAAGAACCAUCUUCACCACCGCACUGUGGAAACCAACAACGGGAAACUGAUGUUGAAAGAAUCGUGAACUUGAGCGUUGCUGUUCGUUUUGUUUUGUUUUGUUUGUUUGUUUCAGGUGGUUGUGUUGCUCGCUUAUGUUUUUGGUGGUUGCUGGUUCAACAUGUCAGUGAUGUGUUUCUGUUUGUCUGUUUGUUUGUUUGUUUUGAAACUCCUUCCUGGUCAAUGCUCUUUUACCACUGACUCAAAGACUAUCCAGCCAGUUUCAGAUGGUAAUAUUGCUGAUCAGAUAACAGAGAGGCACAGGAGUUUUGCAUGGGCACUCAUUAGUUGGUUUGUAAUCCUCUCCAUGGGACAGGUUUCCUCUCAGCAGGUGCUGCUAGCAGUAUACACCAGUAAGAAUUCAGCACACAGCGCUGAGUGCCUUACCACUGCUCAGUGCAGAAACAGAGAGAUUGUACACCAAACGUUAUGGGAUAUCUACAUGAAGUAUUGGUGGUUGCAAUCAUUCUCAACAGUUCUAUGUUCUGAUGCUUCAAUCCUAUUUGAAUAUGACGUUCCACUUUCUGACAGAAGCAUUGUAUUUUGUAAUUGGUAACUGAUGAUCAUGUGUCACCUCCUGACUUUUGUCCCCCACCGCUGGUGAAAUGUACAGUUAAACACACACACACACACACUUCCAUACACACACACACACGUUGCUCAAAACCGUGCAUGCUGCUGCAAGAAGGCAGAAUCGCUGGCUAUGCUUGCAGUGGGAUAUGCUAAAAUAAUUUAUAAUUGUAAGGAAAAAUAAUAAUACCAGGGCUUUCCUCACUUGUUAAAUAAUUUGAUGUAUUAUGAUAAUGUGUGAUGAUGGAUACAAUAUACAGUAUGCACUUUAAAGCAGAACAGCCCCCUAAUCGCCGUUAAUCAGUGAACACAGUAAACAGCCCUGUCAUUUGAGUCCUGUUUAUUAAACCCCAUAGCAAUCCCUUCAGAGGCAGCAAGCACUACAAAUGGAUUAUCCGGUGCACUCCGGUUAUCUCAGAGCACACAAUGAAUAAGGGGAUAGCUUUGAUCUUCUCACACACUAUCAUAACCAUACACGGCUUGUCAAUGCACAUUAAACAUGUGGGACUGCCUGCUACACUACAUCACUGACUUCCAGCACUGCUCUAUCUAAAUUGAUGAUGAUAUUCCAUUUCAAAUCCCCAGCGCUCACAGUUAUUUAUUUCAAGAUGGUGACUGGAAUAUUAAACACACUGGAGUUCAGAAUCCCAAAUUAUUGUAUUAUGUGAAUACAAACUCUGAACUGAGUAUAAACCAAAUAUGAACAAUUAACAAAAAGAUUGAUUACAUGAUUUAAGUUUGACUAAGUUUGUAACCAGAUUGCAGCCUUGAAGUGAUGGGUGUGAUCCAACGUGAUGCUUGGAGAAUGUUUGAAGUGGGCGACCCCUCUAUACAGCUUUCCUCUUGUAUCGUUUUAGACUGAUAGCCUCUCCUGUUCUUUCCUCAGUCAGUCGGAGCUGUAUUCACAAUGAUAAGCCCGGUCAGGUCAGUCAGUUGUGUUGCUGAUUGACGGAUCAGUCCACUAAAGCUCUACUGUGUGACCUAACAGAUACCAAAGAGAGGAGGCACCCAUCGUGAGGCUGGAGUAGUUCUAUGAUGGGAGCUAAACUGGGCACAGACUGCGUGUAAACAUUACAGCAUGCUGACCUUAUAUCCUAACCUUACAUCAGCCUCCUGACCCCACAGCUAGAUCUUAAAACAAGGACCCUUCAUGCUGAACACUCAAAAACAGCUACGGUUUCCCUGAGCCAUUAUCUUGCAGCACAGCAAACAAGCUCCUCAAGCCUGCAUCCAGUGCCCUAACCAACGAGCCACUCACCAACACUACAGAGGAUGAACCCAUGGCACAAACACAUUGUAAAUCUAUAAAUAUUGCACAGGAUUAUGUUUAGUUUUGUAAGUCUUCAGUAUUUAUUUUGAUAUGAUGGGUAUUUUCAUGUUAGGCUUCUCAUUCAAGGAGCUAAGUGUAUUUACUUUUUUUCUGUUGCUAUGUGACAACUAUAAAUAAACAAAAAUAAGAACAAGAUGUUAAAAAGCC